AUGCUCGAAUCCUGGAGCCAAGAGCACCCCGAAACCCCGAAACCCCACCUCCUACAACAACGUCAAGAUGGCCAACGCUACCACCGCACCUCUUCCCCUACCACCAUGACCCCAUCUCCGCCGGUCACAUCCAACAUCGCGAUCCCCAACAACGACGCCGAAGACAGCCCCUGCUACCACCAUGUCCUCGACUCCAACUGUCACAUCCAAGACCACACUAUGACCUCAUCCCAUCGCCAACAACGACAUACAUCGAAGACAGCCCCACUACCACAGCGACCCCAGACCGUGACCUCGCCCAUCCCCAACAACGACGCCGAAGACAGCCCCUGCUACAACCAUGACCUCGACUCCAACUGUCACAUCCAAGACAACGAUCCCACACUAUGA